AUGAAAGCGCGCCUAGGAAAACAGGUGCCUGUAGAACAAUGUGGCCAGCCUUCGCGCCUUAGCAGCAACCUGAGAAAAGCUGGAAUCACGCCAGACACGUGUAAACCCGGAGAUCUUUCGAUAUCGUUGCGUGGAUUGGAACGAAACAAACAUUUCAAAGUGCAGACCACCGGUGAUCAACUGCGCAUCGGCUCGCGGGCAUUCCCGUCGAUGACAUCACUUAUCCAGCACUACACCGCUAAUCCGAUUUUCGCAUCGGGUUCGGAGAAACUCUAUCUUACGCGACCACUUGCCAAGUAA